AGGCAUUCUAACCUAGAACUACAGUGUAUGUGUCAUCUCCAAUAAUAAAAGAGGUCCAGAAGAUAAAAACAUCUGUCGUUUUUAUUAAUUAAUUAAUUAAGCUGGUGAUAAGUAAUGCUAUAAAGUAAUCAUGAAGACAAGAUUUGAUACCUACGAUCUUGUAUGCUCUGUAGCAGAGCUACAAAGAUUAAUUGGAAUGAGAGUAAAUCAAAUUUAUGAUAUUGAUCAUCGAACAUAUUUAAUUCGUCUUCAAAGAAGUGAAGAAAAAUGUGUGUUAUUAUUGGAAUCUGGCAACAGAAUUCAUACAACAGCAUUUGAAUGGCCAAAAAAUACAGCACCUUCAGGAUUUUCCAUGAAGAUGAGAAAACAUUUAAAAAAUAAACGUCUCGAGUCAAUGAAACAAAUUGGUACUGAUAGAAUUGUUGAUUUACAAUUUGGAAGUGGUGAAGCAGCAUAUCAUGUUAUUUUAGAAGUUUAUGAUAGAGGAAAUAUUAUAUUAACUGAUUAUGAAAUGACAACAUUAAAUAUACUUCGUCCACAUACUGAAGGUGAUAAAAUACGUUUUGCUGUUAGAGAAAAAUAUCCUGUUGAUCGUGCUCAUACAACAACAAUGCCAGCACGUGAAAUAAUUGAAGAAAGAAUUGCUCAAGCAAAACAAGGUGAAACAUUAAAAAAAAUAUUAAAUCCAAUGGUUGAAUUUGGUGCUGCAUUAAUUGAUCAUGUUUUGUUGAAAGCUGGUUUUGAGCAAGCUUGUAAAAUUGGAAAAGGCUUUGUCAUUGAUAAAGAUAUGGAUAAACUUAUAGAUGCUCUUGAAACAGCAGACAAAAUAUUAAAAGAAGCAAGUACCACCACAUCAAAAGGUUUUAUAUUACAAAAAAAAGAAUCAAAACCAAGUCAAAAUGGAAAAGAUGAAUUUAUCAUGACAAGUAUUGAUUUUCAUCCAAUGAUACUUGAACAAUAUAAAAAUCAUCCACACAAAGAAUUUACAAGUUUUGAUGCUGCUGUUGAUGAAUAUUUUUCAUUAAUGGAAGGACAAAAAUUAGAUUUAAAAGCACUACAACAAGAACGUGAUGCAUUUAAAAAACUAGAAAAUGUUAAAAAAGAUCAUGAACAACGUUUACUGAGUCUUGGUAAAAAUCAAGAAAUUGAUAAAGAAAAAGCUGAAUUAAUAACAAGAAAUCAAUUGCUUGUUGAUAAUGCAAUAUUAGCUGUACAAAGUGCAAUUGCAAAUCAAAUGGCAUGGCCAGAUAUACAAGAAUUAAUAAAUAAUGCACAAAGUCGUGGUGAUAUAGUUGCAAAAUCAAUUAGUAAAUUAAAAUUAGAAACAAAUCAUAUAACAUUAUUUUUAAAUGAUCCAUAUGCAAAUAUAUCUGAUGACAGUGAUGAUGAUGAUGAUGAUGAUGAAAAUAAAAAUAAAAAUAAACAUCAAGGAAUUGCAUCAAUGCUUGUUGAUAUUGAUUUAGAACAAACAGCAUAUGGAAAUGCAACAAAAUAUUAUAAUCAAAAACGUAGUGCAGCUAAAAAACAACAAAAAACACUUGAAUCACAAGGUAAAGCAUUUAAAUCAGCUGAAAAAAAAACAAAACAAACAUUAAAAGAAGUACAAACAAUACACAGUAUAAAUAAAGCAAGAAAAGUAUAUUGGUUUGAAAAAUUUUACUGGUUUAUAACAUCUGAAAAUUAUUUAGUUAUUGGUGGUAGAGAUCAACAACAAAAUGAACUUAUUGUUAAACGUUAUUUACGUUCUGGUGAUGUAUAUGUACAUGCUGAUUUAUCUGGUGCAAGUUCACUUGUUAUAAAAAAUCAUACAACAAGUGAACAAAUACCACCAAAAAGUCUUGCUGAAGCUGGUACAAUGGCCAUUGCAUACAGUGUUGCAUGGGAAGCUAAAGUCAUUGCUGGUGCAUGGUGGGUACAUCAUGAUCAAGUAUCAAAAACAGCACCAACUGGUGAAUAUUUAACAACUGGAUCAUUUAUGAUACGUGGUAAAAAAAAUUAUUUACCACCAUGUCAACUUGUAAUGGGUCUUGGAUUUUUAUUUAGACUUGAAGAUAGUUUUAUUGAAAAACAUAAAGAUGAAAGACGAGUUAAGACAGUUGAAGAAGAUGGUAUUUCAAAUGUAAAUAUAAAUACACAAGAAGAUGAUGAUAAUGAUGAAGAAAUUAAAAUACAAAGUGAUAGUGGUGAAGAUGAAGAUGAUGAUGAUAAAAGUGAAAUUAAAUUGGAAGAAAUUAAAGAAGAAAAUGAUGAUGAUGAUAAAUCAUUAUUUCCAGAUACACAAAUUAAACUUGAUUUAUCAGGACCAAAAAUGAAAAUUAUUGUUGACAAUAAAAAUUCACUUGAUAACAAAAAAAAUACUAAUAAAGAUGAUGAUGAUGAUACUGUUAUUUAUCUAGGUGAUGGUAAACCAAUAAAAAUUGAAGCAAAAAAAUCAAGUGUAUCAAAUGAAAAACCAGUAAAAGCUAUGCAAAAAAAUGAAAUUGAAAAUAAAAAACAACAACAACAAAAAGAAACAAGUGGUUUAAAAAGAGGACAAAAAGGAAGACUUAAGAAAAUGAAAGAAAAAUAUAAAGAUCAAGAUGAAGAAGAUAGAAAAUUAUUAAUGGAAGUAUUAAAAUCUGAUGGUGCUGCCAAAGAAGUUAAAAGAAAAAAAAAUAAAAAUUUACCACAAAAACAACAAGUAAUUAAAAAGAAAGGACCAAUUCCACAAAAACAAGUUGAUAAUAAUGAAGGUGGUGGUGGUGGUGCUGAAAUUGAUGAUGAUAUUGGACCAGCACCUGAUAUUGAUAUGCUUGAUCAAUUAACUGGUAAACCAUUUGAGGAUGAUGAAUUAUUAUUUGCAGUACCAGUAAUUGCACCUUAUAAUACUGUAUUAAAUUAUAAAUUUAAAGUUAAAUUAAUGCCUGGUACUGGUAAACGUGGUAGAGCUGCUAAAACAGCAAUUGCUGUAUUUUUAAAAGACAAAACAAUAACACCAAGAGAAAAAGAUCUUUUAAAAGCAGUUAAAGAUGAAACAAUUGCCAGAAAUAUACCAGGAAAAGUUAAAAUAAGUGCACCACAAAUACAGAAACUUAGAAAAUAAAUUAUUCAUCCAAGUGAUUUAAUUUAUUAAAUUAAUUUUUAUUUUUUAUUAUUUUAGCAAAAAUACAGUAAACAAGAGAAAAAAAAAGAGUAACGAUAUUUCUUAUAAAAAAAUAGUUGUGUAAAUACUGUUCAACAGUUAGAAUAAAUUCAAAAAUAUCAUUUAAAU